AUGGAUAUAUGUCUUGGCUUAUAUGCCGUCCCAAGGUUGCAAGUUUUGGUGGAGAUUUCACCACCUGAAAUAGCACAACAGCCUUUGAGAAACAGGAGUGGAUCUGGUCGUAAGAUGUCGCUGGAGUUUAUUGCAGGCAUUUUCUCAGCACUGGUAGUGGCCUUACUCUACUGGCUCUUCAGGAAAAAGGUCAUUCCAUUUCUUAAGCAACGUAAGACUUUGAAAGGAAAGGAACAUAAAAGCUUUGAACAUGACACUAUAUCAUUAAGGUGUUUUGAUUUUAAGGAACUAGAGAAAGCAACAGCAAAUUUUAGCGAAGAUUGCUUGCUGGGUUCUGGUGCAUUUGGAAAUGUCUACAAAGGAACUUUUGAGUUAGAAGGAACUCUGGCCAUUAAGAGAGCUCAUUUUGAAUCAUUCACAAGCGUGGAUGAAUUCAGAAAUGAAGUUAGGCUUCUUUCAGCUGUUAGGCACAGGAAUGUUAUUGGUCUGGUUGGAUAUUGUGAAGAACCAGAACAAGAUGGAGCCAAAAUACUGGUCUAUGAAUAUGUUCCAAAUGGUUCACUGCUUGAGUACAUCAUGGGCAUAGCUUAUUUGCAUGAAGGUGUGAAGCCAAGCAUAAUCCACCGUGACAUCAAACCAAGCAACAUCCUACUAGGGGAAGGUUUUGAGGCUAAGGUUUCGGAUUUUGGGUUAGUGAAAUCAGGUCCAACUGGUGAUCAGUCACAUGUGAGCAGCCAGAUAAAAGGGACACCAGGGUACCUUGACCCAGCCUAUUGUUCAAGCUUUCAUUUGACCAAAUUCAGUGACGUUUAUAGCUUUGGUGUCAUACUUUUGCAACUUGUUUCAGCUAGACCUGUGGUGGAUUCCACUGAUAAACAAAGUAAUCAACAUAUCAUUGACUGGGCAAGGCCAAGCAUAGAGAAGGGCAGUGUUGAAGAAAUCAUAGAUGCAAAUCUACUAUGUCAAAGUGAGCCCUGCAAUAUGGAAGUUAUGCUGAAGAUGGGGAAACUUGCUUUAAGAUGUGUGGUUGAAGAACCAAAACAUCGCCCAACAAUGACUCAGGUGUGUCAAGAACUAGAGCGAGCCCUCAGCUCAUCUGAUAGCUUCAACAGCAACAAACAGUCUUCAAAGGGAUUCUUUACACCAAUUGGUUUAUCCCAGCAAUCACCCAAGUCUGAGACUCGGGGAUCAGUUGAAUCAUAUGAUUGUUCACAGAGCUUUGUUAGUAUUGAUGGUGUUGGAUUGCAGAAAUUCCAUGUUGAUAUGGAUAGUUUCUCCUUUAAGAGCACAAACUUAAGGUGCCUAGAAAAUAAUAGUAUUAGUAUUGACAUGAAUAGAAUGUAA